UUUUCAAUUCAGUCAAUUAAAAGUAACUAUUAAUUAAAUAUUGUACUGAUUUUUUUAAAAACAAUGAGUCCAUCAAAGAAGUCGUUACUAUUCUCUCCACUAACCAUAAGAGGAGUUACUUUGAAGAAUCGUAUAGUUGUGUCACCGAUGUGUCAGUACAUGUGUGAGGACGGUAUGGUUAACGACUGGCAUUUAGUAAAUUAUGGAUCGUUUGCUACGGGAGGGGUCGGAUUGAUUGUAGUUGAAGCUACUGGUGUUGAAGCCAGGGGUCGUAUAAGUCCCGGUUGUCCCGGUUUGUGGAAAGACGAACAGAUUGAGCCGUGGAAACGGGUGACCUCUUUUCUGAAGACACAGGGAUGUGUGGCCGGUAUUCAGAUAGCACACGCCGGUAGAAAGGCCAGCACUUUGCCGCCAUGGAUUGGCAGGGAUUCAAUUGACGAUAAAGAUGGUGGUUGGCCUACAAUAGGUCCCAAUGCUGUAGCGUUUGGGGAUCGGGCGGAUAAAGUGCCAAAAGAAGCCACAGUUGAAGAUAUUGAGGAAAUCAAGAAAUCGUUUGUCUCUGCCUGUGAACGGGCGGUCAAAGCGGGGUUUGAGGUUAUAGAGUUUCACUUCGCACACGGAUAUCUUGUUAGUACAUUCCUGUCCCCCAUAACUAACCAAAGAACAGAUAAAUAUGGCGGUAGUCUUGAGAAUCGUAUGCGUUUGGGACUUGAAAUCGCCGAUAGUGUCCGCAAAGCAUUGCCGCAAAAUAUAGUUAUCGGCGCAAGAGUUUCGGUCACUGAUUAUGUGGAAAACGGUUGGGAUUUGAAACAAACGAUUGAAUUUUCCAAACAACUAAAGAAAUUGGGUCUGGAUUUUGUUGAUUGCAGUUCUGGUGGUAUCGUAUCGACUGUUAAUUACGGCCCACUGAACACCAAUGAAACGCAUCUGACCGCUGCGGCCGCCGUCCAAAAGGAGGUCCAAAUACCGACGGCAGCCGUUGGCAAAAUUAUUGACCCUUUGUUUGCCGAAAAGAUAUUGCAAGACAACGGCGCUACUCUUAUAUUUAUUGGUAGGGCUUUCCUCAAUAACCCCCAUUGGGUGUAUACAGCGGCCGAUGCCUUAGCCGAUGAAAAAUCAUUCAAAUAUCCGAAUUCGUAUAACUGGUGUAUCGGUUGGCAAAAUGGAGGCAAAUGGAGGAAAGAAAUUAAUACCGAUAAAAAUAAUAACUAA